ACUUAUCAAGAAAAAAUUCGAAAUCACACAAACAGAAAAUAGAAUUGCAUUAAGUUAGAUAAAGGAUAUUUAUUCAGUUAGUCAGAGAUGAAGGAGGAAGUCCUUCCUGUUCCCACUUAUAUAGAUAGGAAAUAUAUCCCCGACACAAUUUUUCCCCUCGAAUGCUUGCACUCGGCUCGGCACUGUUGCUCUUUUCUUUUCUUUUUUUUUUUCGCUGCCUCUUGGCCCCUUUUCAACGAGCGAUAAAAGACUGGCGGAUGGAAGAAUGACAAGGGAAAACGAUGCGACCUACCCGCACGCCAUUUACCAACCACCCCCGCACAAAAGAACACCAGAACCGGGAGCAUUAUUUGGAAUAACAAUGCUGAUUGUCCGAAGUAUGCCGCGCAAAAUGCCGGGCAAGUGAAAAAAACAUCGGGAAUGGGCUAACCGUUGGGGGGACACGAGCUAUUGAUACUGAAACGCGUCUUCGACGCGGCAUUAUUAAACGGCGACCAGUUUCACAAUGGAUUCGUAAUGGGUGUAUUAUUCAUCGAGACAACGAUCAUGCUUCCUUUCCAUUCGAACAAAGCACGUUGAAUUAAAAGUAGCGCUCGUUAUCGUUCGAGAUUAAUUAAACGCUUGUUAUUCGCCGUGUGUGUCGUGCGAACAUGUGUGUCGUGUACGUUGUGCAUGAACGAACGAUUAGAUACCGUACGGAAGGUAGGAGAAUUUUUUUGAAGGAAGUUAAUUGCUGACAAAGGACGUUGAGUUGAAAAUAGCAGUCGUUUUUGUAGAAGCGAGAUUAAUUAGACUCUUGUUUCAUACCGUGAAUAUUUCGUAAUUCGAGAUACUGUGGAAUAUUCUUUUAGAAACGAACAUGUUCGUCGUAAAGGUAAAAUUUAGCUUGAGAAACUCGAUUAAAUUCGAUUAAAAUUAGGAAAAAUUUCAACCGUUGUAACUUCGAAGAUAACGACUUCCGGUUAAUAAAUAAAAGACCAUUAGAAGCGCGAAAUCUUCCCCUUUAAAACGCUUUCUCAUUUGUCUCGCUACGACUUCCGGUUCCCGAGAUAUCAUCGUAUAAAGAGAAAGUAAUUUUUAAUCGUUUACCUUAAAUUUGAAUUACCUUAAAUUUUAAAUCCUAUCGGAAUUAGGAAAAAUUUGAAUCGCUAUAAUUCCGAGAAAAAUGACUUCCGGUUGAUAAAUGAAAGACCAUUAGAAGCGUUAAACCUUCCUCUUUAUAAUGCCUUUUCAUUCGUUAUGCUACGACUUCCGGUUCCCGAGAUAUCAUCGUGUAAAGAAAAGACAAAUGGCAGAGGCGAUUCCAGAAGGAAAACGUAUGCAAUUCCAAAAAGAAAUAUCGAUCACUGGACUCGUGCGUAAUCUCUGCUACAAUUUUAAGCACUAUGGACACUUUGAGCGCUUAUAUCUCGGCAACCGAUUGAGAUAUCGGGAUGAAUCAAAAAGUGAAUCAAAUGGCAUGGUCUCCUCCAGUACUUCUCGAAUUUUGCGAAUUUUCGGUGUUGAUGGCCGUUUAAUUGAAACGUGCGGAAGCGGCGUUUAACCGUCGCUGCUCGAGCAUCGACCGACUCGAGUUUUUUUUUUUCCAUUUUCAUCGCACGCUCCCGAAACUUUCCAGUUUUUCAAGUUUUAUCGAUGUUGACGGGAUUAAAUUCAUAAAUGGCUCGAGCUGGAGUCGGAAUCGUCGAGGAGGAUGGAGUUUUCGCGCGAGACAAGCGGGCCAACGCUAUGAAUUUAAAAUGAUGAUAGGAUGAAUAGGCGAGAAUUAAAUUGUGUUUUCAACAAUUUCAAAGAAAAGAUGGCGCACAAGGUUUAAUAUCCAAUCAACGUGUGG